UUGACGUGUUUUUGACACAAAAUACAAAUAUAACCUCAAAACAGAUGUUGAAUUGUAAAUAAAAAUUAUUCAUAAGCUUUCUUGUUUAAGACAAAGUGAAACUUGCUUAAAACAUGGAAGUAUCCGUGGAACAAGUUUACACGUCUGUAGCUUGCAACCGCACACCUGAAAUAGUAGAUUGGAAUAGCAAUGGGGUUAUUUGUUAUGGUGCGUCAAAUGCUGUUGUUAUUUACAAUCCGGAACUAAGAGGCAAAGAUAUCUUAGUCCUUAGUCACCACACUUCAAAUGUUAACGCUGUUAAGUGGCUAAAUAAGCCAUACGCAGCAUGCACAGAAUUCUUAUCUUGUUCUGCUGACAAGACUGCUGCAGUAUGGACCUUCGAGAAAAGCUGGCAAGUUACUAGUAAACUUGAAGGACACACAGAGGGAGUUACAUGUGUGUUUGGGAUGUACACAAAUGAAAACAAUUUAAUUAUUUAUACUGGAUCAAUUGAUUCUACCAUAAAAAUUUGGGAAAGAAUCGAUGGUGAAACGUCACUCAAGCAAACCAUUAAUCUCCACUCUGGUCUAUGCCUGACGUUACAUGCACAUAUGCUAUCCUCAGUAGAAGAGCCUCUCCUUUUCUGUGCCCUCGACGACCACAAGAUACACAUCUAUGCAAGCGAUAAUAAAGAAUACCACAAAGUACAUUCUUUAGUCGGACAUGAAGACUGGGUGAGGGGAAUGGAUGUAUUAAAUGUUGAGAACAAUGCAAUACUACUAGCCUCCUGCUCACAAGACACAUACAUCAGACUGUGGCGGAUACAGCCUCACACUGUGCACACACCCACUUCAGAGAUUCGCGUGGAAGAGAAACUGUUCCAUGCACACAACCAAGACUGGUCUGUGAAACUAGAUGCAGUGUUGGCUGGACAUGAAGGCUGGGUGUAUGGUGUCCAGUGGCAUCCAUAUGAUUUCUACAAAAAGGUGCCAGUGUAUCGGCUGCUAUCCUCCUCUCUAGACAAGACGCUGAUCGUGUGGGAACCAGAAGAGGAGGGCGGGGGCGUGUGGGUGGAGCGCGUGAGAGUAGGGGAGGUUGGGGGGAACGCGCUCGGCUUCUACGGCAGCCGGUUCGGACCUAAAGGGGAUAGUUUCUUGGGUCAUGGAUAUAAUGGAUCGUUUCACAUCUGGUCGUCAAACAAGGAGUCAGGAGCAUGGGAAUCCCAGGUGGUAUGUGGAGGCCACUUCGGCUGCGUGGAGGACGUGAAGUGGGAGCCGACAUUAGGCCGCUACCUCAUCAGCGUGUCCGCCGACCAGACCGCGCGCCUGCACGCGCCGUGGAAGCGAGAGGACCUCGCACCAGAAUGGCACGAGAUCGCGCGUCCUCAAGUCCACGGCUACGACCUGGCGGCUGUGGCUCCCGUCAGCAGCACGACCUUCGCCUCCGCUGCUGAAGAGAAAGUUAUUCGGGUCUUCAAGGCGCCGCAGAACUUCCUGCUCAACUUCAAGAGCCUGGUCGGGGAGGACCUGGUGGAAGGCAACGAAGGCGCGGCCCCCGAGGGAGCGACGCAGCCGUCGCUAGGGCUGUCCAACAAGGCCGUGUUCAGCGACGAGGAGCCCGCGGGCGACGAAGACAGACACUUCACGCCCGUCACACUCACUAAGCCGCCAACGGAAGAGACGUUGAUGCAAAACACGCUAUGGCCCGAAGUCCAAAAGCUAUACGGGCACGGCUACGAAGUGUUCGCGCUCGAGGCCAGCGCCGACGGCCGCCUGCUGGCCUCGGCCUGCAAGGCCACCACCAAGGAACACGCCUCCGUGCUCAUCUGGGACACAUCAAACUGGCAGAAGCUCCAAGUGCUCGUCUCCCAUCAACUCACAGUGACCCAACUUGCCUUCUCGCCGGACAGCCAACGACUUCUCUCAGUAUCGCGCGACCGAAGGUGGACCCUGUACGAGCGGUCGAAAGACACAAAUUUGUUUGGCAUCGCCGCCGGCACAGACAAAACCAACGGAAUACACUCUAGAAUCAUUUGGUGCUGUGCGUGGGGACAUGAUAGUGAAGUGUUCGCGACCGGAUCGAGGGAAGGAAAGAUAUGCGUCUGGUCGAAGAUAGAAGCGGCUCAGAAGUCGUCCCUAAACGACUACGCGUUAUACAACCAACACCGGGAGCCGAACCAGGCGGUGACGGCGCUGGCAUUCGCUCCACUGAUCCUACGGGAAUGCCGAGUGCUCGCAGCGGGACUUGAAUCAGGAGUUGUCAAGCUGUACAGCUUUGCGGAGCUGGAAUGGACGCCGCUUUAUGAAAUGAAUAACAACGCGGCGCACCACCUGACCGUGAGGCGACUGGCCUUCUGCCCGCGCGUGCAGUGCGCGUGGGGCGAGCGCGGCGUGCUGCUCGCAAGUGCCGGCGCGGACCGACUCGUGCGCAUACACGACGUGCUUAUAUCGCGUUGUUACUAGCUGAAUAAAACAACUUCUAAAGUCAAAGUCAAAGUCAAAAUUUCUUUAUUUGUUUGGACUAAUAAAUAGUUCUUACAAAUCGUCAUUUUGCUCUUAAGGAGCCUCUACAUGUCUCAUAAUCUUUUUACCCUACCAGCGCUUCGAGACCAACAUUUGGCAAGUGCUGAGAAGAAGCGCCGCAACAAACUCAGUCACCACUGUCUGCCGGUUAAUAUAAAUAAAUAGAAAUAGUAGUAGUCGGUACAUCGAUUCAGGAGCAGUUCACUGAAUUUACCAUGUAUUCUUGUAUGGUGUAUCUUAUAAGAAUGGGUAUACAAGAUUGCGUGGUAUAUUAAACAAGGUAGUGACGUGCUAAUAUCUAUUCUGACCGAACACGCGGUUUUAUUGCUUUUUAAUAUCACAUUCGUCUCUCUCUAGAUUGUAGCGCCCGCGUGCUAUCAUUACCUAACUUUGCGACCUCUAGUAAUUAGAGGGGGCGCUAGGACCGUGCGCUCUUAUGCGUAUACACGACGUGCUUAUAUCGCGUUGUUACUAGCUAAAUAAAACAACUUCUGAACGAACACGCGGUUUUAUUGCUGUUACAAAACAAAAGAUAUUGACACUACAAGCUUUAUAUGAACGCGUGGGGCGAGCGCGGCGUCCUUCUCGCGAGUAAGCGAGACUCGUGCGCAUACACGACGUGCUUAUAUCGCGUUGUUACUAGCUGAAUAAAACAACUUCUGAACGAACACGCGGUUUCAUUGCUUUCACAAAACAAAAGAUAUUGACACUACAAGCUUUAUAUGAACGCGUGC